AUGCUUGGAAAACCCCUUUGGUUCGAUCAAUCCACUAGGUUAGGCAGGAGAAUGGGAUUUCCUAAGGUUUGUGUGGAGAUGUCUAUUGAUUCUCCUUUCCCAGAUUCUGUCAAGUUGGUCCCAGACAGGAAACCAGCUUUCUCAGUGGCUCUUGAGUACUGCAAUCGUCCUCUGGGGUGUCAGAAGUGCAGGGUUUUUGGUCAUCAGUGUGCUGAACCUCAAGGGGAAGAGGCAACUGGUUCUGAUCAGCAUGCUGAGCCAGUGACUGAAGAGGUUGGGGCAGUGAGUGAAGGGGGUGCUGGAAGACUUAUCUUGGAUUCUAUACUUGCUUCCAGGGGAUCUGCACAGGCAUCAGCGGAAUCUGCUUGUCAUAACCUGAAUGUGGCUGUUGCAAAUUUGGUUAAGUCCAUUGAGCAGGGAGUACUUUCAGAAUGGAGAAAUGCUGAAUCUGUGCUGCCUUCGGAUAAGGAGUUCCACUCAGCUAUAGAAGGACAGUCUGAUGCAAGGGUCUCUACACCUGUGGUGAAUAAAUUCCCAAGUCCUAGCUGA